CGACACUAUCUAAGAGAUUGGGGUAAUUCGGUAGUUGGAGAAAGUCCAAAUCUCCACUAGCCUUAGCCGUAUAUGGGUAACAAUUGCGCCGCCCCUAUCCACCUAUGACAAGCGGUUUCCGAUACGUCAAGACUUCUUCCCCGGAUUUCAUCCUUAAAUCGAUCGAGACCGUUAUCAUCUGUGGUCAGGCAUGCGCUUUUGACUGGCGGUAAUAUUGACCUGUUUCGUGUAAAGUCGAUCACGGAUCAGUGCGGGGUAUGAAAAGAUCUAGAAGUGGUUGUCUCAAUUGCAAACAACGCAAACGAAAAUGCGACCAGGCUCGGCCGGAGUGCCAAUCUUGCAAGAACCGAAAUCUCCAGUGCAGUGGCUACCAACGGCCGGUACGAUGGGCCAACGGCAUUGCCUCCCGUGGCAGGUUUGUGGGGGUUAACCCUGGCCUUCUCAUACCUCCGAUCAACCCGGAUGUAUCGGUGGCCAUCUCUCUAGAUUCUGCACCUGCAACAUCUUGGGGCAGAGGUUCAUCAGGAACAAGCCUGAACAAGGCGUUUAGGCAGGAUGACCAGAAUGUCUUUGAUAGAUUCCUGACUACGGGGCUUUCUGCGAUAUCAAGCGGACCAGUACACUGGCUGGCACCAUAUCUCGAAGAGUUGUCCAAAGAAUCCACAUCUUUACUCAUCGUAGUGGCAGCCUUACAAACUUAUCUGGAAGAUGGCCUCACGGUGAAAUCUAUGGAACAUCUGGAUCGAGCUCUUCGAGCUUUUCGUGGUGAAUUAGCAAUUCAAGAUGGCCAGCCGGCUAUCUCAACAGUAUGCAGUGGGCUCUUACUGUGUACCGUUUGUAUAUACCAGUUACGGCCUUUCACCCCCUACGUUGGGCUAAUAGCUGAUGUCCAUAACUUACCUGACGAUCUCGGUAAACCUCCACGGGAUCCAUGGUCGCAUCCUUUAUCGCGGCACUUUCUAGAAGUCCUGGGGGUGAUGGACUUGCCAUCCAACGUGGUUGGACGAGUGAACCCGACCAGACGAAUCUGGAAGCAUAUCCCCAGUACAGAUACACUUCCCGAGACACCGUUACAGACGGACACGGAAGUCGUGACCGGUAUGCCAAAAAGCUUGCUGGACAUUUUUGCUAACUUGGGAGAUGAGAUUGGGACAGAAACCGAAUCCCGGUUUUGGGACUGGCAAGCGCCCCAGAACAGACACCCACAACACCACUGCUGGAAUACUUGGCGAUAUGCUGGCAUUCUCGAUUUACGUCGCCGACAGAAGCUUUCGAGACCAAAAGACACUUUGUGUGUUGAUGAGCAGGCUGGUUAUCAAUUUCAUAGCGUUCCGGCGUCCGAAGCGAUAUACGCCCGCCUCAUGGUCGACUUAGAAGCCGUCUACCGAAAUUUCAUGUCAACGCAGAGUAUGGGUCAGGCGAAAUUUCCACAUGGAAUACUAUACCCUUAUACAAUAGCGUCCCUCGAAAUCAGUUUGCUGAAAACAAACUCUUUGUGGCAAAAGCUUCUGUACGAUUUUCGAGUAUCGGUCUUCCAAAACUUCGGCCUGAAAACUGUCGAUAAGCUGAAUGAAUUACUUGAUCAAGCUUGGCAAUCGGGUUCAGACACCUUUGAUAUCGACCAGGCAGCGCAAAAGCAAGGGAUCGAAAUUGCUUUGCUUUAAAUGAAAAGGAAGCCAGAUACACUCUACAUUGAUAUCCAAAACCCGCUCUACCUCUGCCUAUCCAAAGGCGUAAAGACGAAGGCGAGUCACAUCAACUGUCAUAGAAGUUGCCAGUUUGUCAAAGAAAGGGGGGGGGGGGGAAGAUUUGUAGGGGG